GUACCGAAUACAUAAUAAGAUAGGGACAGCUAAUAUUUUCUUUCAAUGUUCUCUGUCCAUCCGAUAAUGUAUCGGACCUUGUUCGCGGGGAUGAAUCAUUAUCAUUUGUUAGAGGUAUUAACACAGGAGUAGGAAACUGACGAACUGUAACACGCAGUCGUUUUUGUUUCCUGAAACUAUAGGAAUUGUGGUUUUGUAUUUGGCGAUGCAGUUCGGGAUUUCCUGACAAGAAUAUGGCUUUUUGUCUUCCUAUGCUGGAAACUGGCCAGCCGUAAAAUGUUACUGCAAUUGUUGGUGAAUUGUUGAUGAAAUGGCUGCUUGUACAAAAAACUUACUGCUUUUGUCAACAUCAACUGUUCAUGGAACAGAAUACCUGCAGUAUGCUUCUGAACAUAUAAAGACAUUCUUAUCGAAGUGGAAUGUGUCAAACAUACUAUUCAUUCCCUAUGCAUUAAAAGAUUACGAUGCCUACACUAACAAAGCAAGGAAAGCAUUAGAAACUUUUGGCUUCAAAGUUAAAGGUAUUCAUGAAAUGGACAAUCCUGUAUCAGCAGUAGCCAAGGCAGAGGCUGUGUUUAUAGGAGGAGGAAAUACCUUUCAGCUACUAAAGAGCCUAUAUGACAACAAAAUUGUGGAACCUAUUCAACAGAGAGUGUUAAAGGAUGGGAUGCCUUACAUAGGAAGUAGUGCUGGAACAAAUGUCGCUACUGUCAGCAUUUGCACAACAAAUGAUAUGCCUAUAGUGUAUCCACCAACUUUCCAGGCACUUUCACUUGUACCUUUUAAUAUCAAUCCACAUUAUUUGGACCCUGACCCUUCUUCCAAGCACAUGGGGGAGACACGUGAGGAGCGAAUCAGACAGUAUCAUGAAAUUUCUGGAAUGCCACCUGUCCUAGGAAUGAGAGAGGGGUGUAUUUUGCAUGUGGAAGGCAAUAAAGCUGUUCUGAAGGGAUUAUGUGGAGCAAAAUUAUUUUGUCCUGCAAAGCAGCCUAAAGAACUGGAUGUUGGAGCAGAUGUUAGUUUCCUGCUGCAAAUUUAAGUUUAUUCUUCAGCUCUUUACUCCUCUUAUCAGUGCGGAAACUGUAAAGAAAAUGUUAAUGGAGAAGAUAAGGAUAUCUACUUGCACCAAUUAACAACACGGUUAUAAUAAUAAAUGCCUUGGUGGAGAA